AUGAUGCUUUCCUCCGACUCAAAGCCCGUAAAAGACGAUCUCUCCGAGAAACACGCGGAAACAUCAAGCGUCAUCCUCGACCAGACCGCCGACGCACACGUGCUGGACUCAUGGGAGCAACACAUCAGAGAUGAAUAUCUCAAGCUCUCCCCUGAGGAAGCGCGCGCGGUCGAGAAGAGGUUGAAGCUCAAGCUCGAUCUGAGACUCUUCCCUUCGCUCAUGGUCAUGUACAUCCUCAACUACAUCGACCGCAACGCGCUCCCCAUCGCCAAGCUCGCGGGGAUAUCGGAGGAGUUGGGCCUCUCGUCGACGCAAUACGGGACCGCGAUUUCCAUCCUUUUCGUCGGAUAUCUGUUGAUCCAAGUGCCCAGCAACCUCUUCCUCUCGAAGCUCCGACCGUCGUGGUAUCUCCCGGGUGCGAUGGCCGUCUGGGGCGUGGUAUCAGGAUGUACCGCUGCGGUACACAACUUCGAAGGCCUGGUCGUCGUCCGCUUCAUCCUCGGUUUCUGUGAAGCCCCGUUCUUCCCAGGGGCCGUCUUUCUCUGUUCCUCGUGGUAUAAGAACAACGAGCUUGGGCUCCGCGUCGCUCUUCUUUUUGGGGGCAGCAUGCUGUCUGGUUCCUUUGGCAGUCUGAUGGCCAUUGGGAUCACCGAGCGCAUGGGUGGUGUCGCCGGUAUCUCGUCCUGGAGAUGGCUGUUUAUAAUCGAAGGCGCUCUGACUGUUGCUUUCGCCGUCGUUUGCGUCUUCACGCUUCCGAACUACCCUCACAACACGCGCUGGCUAAACGAGAAAGAGUCCAUCGUAGCACAAUAUCGCCUCCUCGAGGACCUCCACGACGCCCCAAGCAGCUCGGCCGCACUGUCUGAAGGACUCGUGCUGAUGCUCAAAGACAUCAAAGUGUGGAUCAUGAUGCUGAACCACCUGCUCAUCACAAUCUGCGCAUCAUUCACAAACUUCUUCCCCACAAUCAUGGCGACCCUCGGCUUCUCGCGGAAGAUAACUUACGCGAUGCUCUCGAUCCCGUACCUGACGGGCUUCUUCAUCGUCCUCCUGACCUGCUGGCACGCCGACAGGCGCCAGGAGAGGACGUGGCACAUCGUGGCGAACCUUUCCGUCUGCGUCGUCGGGCUGGCCGUCAUGGGCGCCACACUCGCGGUGCCCGCGCGCAUCGUGGCGAGCGUCCUCAUGAUCUCCGGCGUCACCAGCGCGUCAAACAUCAACCUCGCCUGGAUCGGCAGUUCCGUGCCCUCGCCCGCGCCCAAACGCGCGGCGUCUAUCGCUUCGAUCAACAUGGUUGGCAACAUUGGUAACGUCAUUGGGGGUUAUUUGUUCCCUGCUAGCCAGGCGGACCGGUAUCCCAUGGCUGUUGGCGUAGAAGGUGGCGCGGCGUUGUUGGCAAUAGGGGGCGUGCUGGGCUAUCGAUGGUAUCUGAAGGGGCAGAAUAAGAAGAUGAAUGCCGGGGAUGCAGAUGCCGUCAGAACUACUGGAGUUUCUGACUUUCGAUAUGUACUGUGA